CAAAUCUGCAAUAAAGCGUCUGCUGAUCCAGAAUGGAUCCGAUGGCACUACAAUCCCAAGUCUAAAUCGGCCACACAAAGUCAAGACUGGUCCCACUAUUACGCAGGAAACAGGCACAGCGACAUUGGCAUUAUGCGUAGAGCUUCAUCUUCAGAACGUAUGUCCCUUGGACCCCUUAGAGUGAAAAACGAUGACAACGGGCGAGCUAGGAGUCGACCAUCUGUGGGCAGCCGGUCUUCCUUUGGCGGUCGACCAUCUAUAUCUGGCACAGGCAAAAGAUCUGGUCUACCAAUGCCAUGCUUCGCUCAGAAGAAAAACAGGUUAUCAUCUUCCACUCCCAGAAAAAGCAACAUUGGUCUUCGGAAUGCUUCUGGACCUCUGAAGGAUCCACGGCCUAUAUCUGACAGAGCCUUCCAACAGAAAUGUAUACGAACAGUUAUGGAUUUUUUGACAGGGAAUCACUUCCAGAAUAACAUCACUCCAAAAGUGCUGCAGUCUCCAACAUCUAAAGACUUCUACAAAUUGUUUGAGUUUGUGGUUGGGUUCAUCAUCCCGAAGUACAAGGUGCCUCAGAAGCCUGAGGAGGAGAUACCCCGGCUCCUCAAGCAGCUUGGCUACCCGUUCCUCAUAUCGAAGACAUCCAUGUUCGCAAUUGGCUCCCCGCAUACCUGGCCCUCCCUCCUGGCAGCCCUUGUCUACCUCAUAGACAACAUCAAUAUCAUAAUGAAUCUGUCAGAGUUUUCCAUGGAGUCCAUGCUGUUCCCCAGUGAUGAUUUUGAAACCAAAUCUGAAAGCCUGGUGCUGUUCCAGUUUGUGUCCAAGUCGUACACAUCAUACAUGAACGAGAGAGAUGAGUAUGAGGAGGAGAUAGCAGACCUCCGGUUGGCUCUCAGGGAGACUAUCCUGGGCUCCACUGGUAUUGAUGGCCUGGUGGAGGAGAACAGACACCUGGAGGAGCAGCUGGCCUUGCUGGAGCAAGACUCAGACCGGCUGGAGGGUAGCAAACAGAAGCUGUCGCUGAUGCAACUGGAUGAGGAGCGUAUCCGGGGUUAUGUGAGUGAACUGGAUGCUCACAGGAGAGAACAAGAGCUGCAGCUAACAGAGGCAGACGAGCAAUGUCAGAGGCUAGAGGCAGAGUUGCAGGCUGAGGAGCUGGAGAUAGAGCGUAUGAAGGAGAUAGAGAGGAAGCAGGAGUUCUCACAGGAAGAUGUGGAGAGGAUACACCUCAAAGGUAGAGAGUUGCGGCGCCAGAAGGAGGAGCUUGAGCGUUCCAUACAGAGGAUGAACGAGGACAUCUGGAAGACUGAGAUCAGCCUCUCCAAGGAACUAGAGGAGUGCGAGUCCAAAUGUCAGCAAUACAACAAGAUAGCCCAGGCCCUUAAGCUGAUACCAAUCACAGCAGAGCAUUCGUGUGGCAUAGACUACGAGAUGAAGAAACCCAUGUACAGCGAUGUCAAUGACUUCCAUUUCACAGUCAAGCCUGCAUUGAUGACACUGAAGGCACAGUGCUUCCAGUCAGCAAAUGAGAAAGAAUCUGAAAGGAUGAAGGCAAAUGAGCAGCUUGAACAGGUGACUGAACAUCUGAGUGACGCUCAGAAUGAGUUAACUCUACUGGAGAGCAAGUUCAAGAGGGCGGAAGAUGAAGUGGAAACCAAACGACAGUUUAACCAGAAGCAGUUGGAGACGCUCCAGCAGAAGUGUGAGGACCUACAGACAGACAUUGUGCAGCUAAACGACCACUCCACACUCACACUGGGCGGCCUGGACAACGAGAUCAAGAGGCUCAGACAUUGGGAAGAGCAGGAGAAGCAGAAAGCCAAAAACCACCUUGACCAGUAUGUCACUUUCCACUCGGAUGCACUUAAAGAAUUCAUGGAUAAUGCAGAGUUCAUGCAGAACCAGCUGACUGCAGCUGAUGAGGCCUCUCAGAGAGAGUUGGAGAGGGUGGAGGCCAUUGCCAGAGCUGCUGGAAUUGAUCUUAGCACCAUUUGAGCUUCUUGGACUGCAUGCAGGGAUUAAUAACAGCAGUAUUUGAGCAUUAGGGAUUGCAGCAACUUCUGCACUAUUUUCAUAAGGGCUGGUGUUUGUGCUCUGUCAUGUCAGUGUCAAAGGAACAAUAUGGUCCUCUUGUUUAAUGUCAACAUUCAUUCAUAUUUCAUGUUUCUGUGUUUUUGGUCUUGCUAAUCUUUAGUAUUGUAUACUCUUUCCAAUCUUUGUAUUUCAUUCAUUACUGAUGCUUUCCUCUGCUCUUUAUGUGUGCAUAGUUUUUGUAUAGCAACUGUACAUACUGGAUGAACUACAAAACAAAAUUAAAAAUUACAAUUUACAA